CUUCCCGUCCCGUCCACUGUCAACAACCGGUUCAGGAUUACCUCUUCAGUUUUGCCACAGGUUUUUAAUUUAUUUACCUAACUCGGCUAACGGUGUAUCUAACGUUACAUAUGCAGACUCGUCCUUCUUCUUCGCUGGUGUUGUGGCCAUGGACGGACGCUGUGCUGUUGAGACUUGGGCAGAGUUCGGCGUUUCAGGACCAUCAUGCUCGCCGAGGGUCAAGCGUGAUUUUGGGACAAAUGUGCUCCUCUGCACCGGCAGCGACGAGGUCUAUGUCUUCACCCAGGAGAGAAAACUCACGGCUGUCCUCCAGUUCCCUGGUCCUGUGAGUGACCUGGUUGAGAGUCAUGACAAGCAGCUCCUCUAUGUAGCUUGUAGGACUGGAGUUUAUUGUGUCAGUCUACAAGUUCUGCUGUCCAGAGCUCAAAGCUCCCCGGCUGAUGCAUCCUCCAAUCCAGCUGAGCUAAAAGUCUCCUCCGAGUCUCUGGUUGUUUCAGAAGAAGGUGUGUCAUCACUGCUUCACGUCAACUCUGUACUCCUGACUCUCACCCAUAGAGACACAACCUGGAUGUUGACUCUGUACCAAUCCUCAAAUUAUGAGAUGCUCACCUCAUCCAGAGUGGUCUCAGGACUUGUUCACAAUGACACAGAGAGACAAACGGGAAGGAGAAGGAGGCCUGUGCUGAUUUGUGUCUACCGUAGUGAUGCAACACCAACAUCAGAGGCAACUUUAAGUGACGACCACUUCCGCCUCGAGCCGGUCCUCUUCAAACUUCUGUUUGGAGUAGACACUGCCCUUGCCAAAUCCCCUGUUAUCCUCUGUGGCCUGCCUGAUGGGUGCCUGUAUUUCUUCCCCCUGCGUCUCCCAGGGUCACAGCUCAGAGUCCUGCACAGCCUUGAGCAGCCAAUUGUAUUUGUCGGAGCAUCUGUCGUCGUGGAAACCGGUCUACGACAUGCACAGUGUUUGGUGGCAGUGGGUGAACUAGGGAGAGUGGUGCUGAUCAGAAUGGACAAGGGAGGGGAUAGCAGAACUAGUUUUAUUGAGGGGUGUGUGCCAGGGCCUGUGAUGUGUGGCUGUGUGGAUAAAAGCUGUCUUUACUACAGCACCGGGUCAGACCUGCUGGUACUGGAUCUAUCAGAGGGAUCAUCUGGGAGAGAAGGCCAAGAGAGGAAUGAGGAGACAACUAGUAAGACCGACGCCGCCCUCCAAAGCCCCACCAGUUUAAAUGUGUGUAGAGUGGUCGCCUUGGCUGAGCCUACAUGCAACACUGCAGGUGAGGUUCAGCUGCUGGGGCUGUCUGUCAGAGGGCAGCUCCAUAAGAUUACCUUGCCUGUGGGUCGAGAGGAUGCAAGAUUGUCCAAGGUGCCGUCCACACAGGCCGGCCGCAGCAUCAGGGACCUCCUGUCUGCUAUCGGGGACGUCUGUGAAAGAGCAUCGUUGCUGAAAACUGCCAUCAAAUCCAAAAACCACAUCCUGAGGCACCUGAAUCAGGUGUUAAACAUCAGCUUCCUGCUGAUAGCCAGUACAAACAGUGAAGAGCAUCUUCCCAUCCAGGAGAAGCCCAUCAGAUGUCAUGGCAUAACCAGCUGGAGCAGAUUGCUCCAAAAAGACUCCCUGAACCUGACAUGUGUCCUGGAUAACUCAAGUCCUUAUGUUUUAGAACAAGGCUGGAUGCUGAGCAUCGCUGUAUUCCCUCUGUCCUACCCUCCCACUGCAGGGGGGGGAAGCUCCUCCACAAAUUUUUUAUUUCCGUUCCACAAUCUCCAUCCAGGGGAGAAGUUAGAGGUGUCGCUGCCUCUAGCAGCUGCAGAUGACACAUCCCUCCCUGUGACAGUGAGCUGCUCACUCAUCUUCUCACUCACAGCUCUCCUGGGAGAGGAGGCUGCAGACCUACCUGGGAUGCAGAAUAGUUGCAUCAGUUUGCCCUUGAACACACUGACAGUGGAUUGGUUGCACGCCUUGCAGGUGAACAGUCCCAUAGCUGCCCAUCAAAAGGCCACGUCUCAAUCCAGCAACACAACAGAUACCAUCCAAGCUUUUAUCAGAUCAAACCGGAUUAGGUGCGGUGGACGAGGGGAGGGAGGCGAGAGUGCUUCAAAGCCUGAGCAAGAGCAAAAUUCAGCAAGUAUACGGGUGUCGUCAGAGUUACUGAGGGAUACACUGGUGUUGAAAAGCUCAGAUUUGGAUGUGCAGGGGCCAAACGUGGCUCCUCAAAAUGUCUGCCUUUCUCUGCUGGAGUGGCUGCUGUGUGAAGGUUGUGGAGGAGUGAAGACAGGACAUCAAGGAAACAAGAUUGCACUCAGCACCUCAGUGGUCCAUGCUCGAGGUCCAAAUGGACACACUGUCAAACUGACUGCAAAAGAGGUGAAUGUAGGGGAGGAGAGCAUGAGGAAGGAGGAGUCCCUGGCCACAGUGGAGGUUCAGGUUGAGAGCUUGUCUAUUGCAGCAGUGUGUGGACUGCACCAUGCUGUGCUGCGCCGGAUACAGACUCUGUUGCAGAGGGCUCCUGAGAGGGCUGCUUCCACAAAGACGGUCCAGAGUUUAGGUUUAAGACAAGCACUGCAGCGGGCCGAGCACCUGCAACGGCAGAUUGACCAAAGUCUAAUCUCGGGGGCCUUCGGCGUAGGCGUGUCCACAGGGCAGACGGACCGAUCUCUUCUCAGUGUUUACCGGGCGCUCAGAGAAAACCCUCUCCUCAUAAUUUAGCACUUUUUCUGUCCGAGCCCACGCAGCUGCCCUCGGCCGUGUCCGGUGUUAUAUAACAUCUCUUUGCAGCCGAUGCAUGAAAAAUAAUGUCCAUAAUUGUCAUUGUUAUUGUGAAUGUGCUUUUACAUCACUGUAAAUGACUGUUACCAUUUUAUAUUUUACACAAAGAAGAAUUUGUGACUUAUUAUUUGCCAUCAUUAUACUGUACAUAUUGUACAUGCUGUAAAAAGUAAUGAUCACCCUAUUUUUUGUAAGUCGUGUGUUUCAGCUCAACCUCACUUUAAAAACCUUUGCAUUCAACUGAAGGUGACAGAGGAGCUCAGAUGGAGUAAAAAUAUCUGCAAUUACACUCCAAAUGGGAAAACUGUGACCUAUACCCUGCUGAAGGUCGCUGGUUCACGGUCUCCUGAAGUGUCAGACAUGUAGGUGUAACAGUGACACUCGACCUGGCAUCUUGUGUAAGAGUUGUUCUUGAAGGUGGUGCUGGAGACAAGUGUACGCACAUGUUCUGGGUUUUUUUCCUGAGCAGAGGGUUGUCUAAGGAAAGGAUUCAAAUGUUCUUCAGCACAGCACCAAUUAAGUUUUGAGGGAUUAAAGCUAGAGUGACAUACCUGAGAAAACUGACUGGACAUUGAAGACUGGAUAGACAUCACAGUUAUUUUAGGGAUUGAACCCGGAGCGUUCUGGUGAUGGAUAACCUCCCUAAAACCUAAAACCUCUGGACUGCUGUGUGUCUGUGCAAUAAGACAAGAGGGUAAAAGGUUAGGGUGGGUGAGAGAGGAUUUAGUCUGUGCCAGUAAGGUUAUCAUGUAGAAACCUAACAUCUCCUCCAGAGGGCCCUACAGUAAUUGUAGUCACAUUGCAUGACCCCUCUCAACCCUGAUGUGCCUGAGACAUGCAGCAGUUUCUACUUUAAUGGUCCUGUUCUUGUAACAUCAGGAACGACUACUUUAGUCACAGAAACAGCAACACCUUCUCGCAUCCAGGUGUAAACUGCGUAAGCUGCUGGUCUCCACAUGUCCGAAGCAGCAGCAGGUCCUGGCAUUUGGAGUGUCAGACCAGAGUGAUGUUUGCUUCCUGUACAGAUGCUGACCCCUGAUGCUUGUAGGGCUCCUACAUGGCAGAUAACUGUGGACCCUUGAAACAGUAAUGAAUCUCGGCAAUCGCAGACAAUGAAGAGGAAAUUCCUCCUCUGCUCCAAAUGACAAAUACCAGUGGACCCUGGAAACCUCAGCAGCAAUGAAUCAGCACUAUCAGAUGAAGGAGAUGGGGUGAUUUAGAAGAAAAAAACUCCUCCUCUGCUUCAACAGUAGCUAAUCUGUUUUCACAGUCCUCGACAAAGAUGAAACAUGACUUUAACAAUAUAUCAGUAGACCCUGGUAUCCUCUGCAGACAAUUCUCUGGACCAGUAGAUGCUGACCUGAGGAUGCUCCUCAAAGUCCUGUUGGGAAACACCUGCAGUGUUUCCUCCAAGGGAUGAAGAAGAAACUCCUCUGCUGCAGAGGAGCUAAAGAUUCUGCCUCUUUACAGAUCUCUAAAUGCCACAGACACAGCAUCAGCAAUAAUAUAUAAUAAGACACUUUGGCAGCAGGCUUCAUUGCUACCUAUAUGUACCUUUACAUGUAAUACAUUGUAUAUAAUCUGCUGAUAAUUUUUACUGAGAGGUGAGAAGUGGACUUUGUGCUUUGGAUUCACUAUGACUGUAGGGCACUGGUUCCCCUUUUUUGGCUUGUGACCCCAUAAAUGAAGGAAUGUUUCUUUAUGAUCCCUAAUCGCAGGAUGUAUCCCCUGCAGUUCAACCAAAGAGUGUUUUUUCCCUCUUAGACUGUUACUGAAUGAUUUUUAUGGG